CAAAUUAAUUGCAAUUUAUUAUUAUUUAUCAAUUAUUAUGGAUUUUUCGUGGGCCGAAUCGUACCCAGAAGUUCACAAAGUUUGUACGUUAUUUCAAAUGAGCGAAUUGUCGAAUCCCGUGAAAUUUAAAUACAGACAAUUAGAUCAAUUCCUGCAGGAUGGUCCGAAAUGCGGAUUAAUAGCAUUGGCCAUGCUCGCAGGUGCUCCGACUUCGGAAAGUGUACAGGAUAUAUUCGAAUCGGCUAAGAGACUCAAUUUCACUUAUAACGGAGAAAUGUUUAGCGUUUUAGAAAUGGCCGAGUUGGCUGCCCAACAUUUACCAAGCGAUACGAAAGUACAAGUUUAUCGAGGCCAUUUGAAUAAUGAUUACAUUAAAAGUUUUUUACUAGAAGGCGGCGUAAUGUUAGUACCAUACGAUAAAGCCCAGGAUAACUCGCCGGGAUUGUGCAAAGGACACAAAGCCCAUUGGGCGGCAAUCUGUGGAUGUGUUUUAACUGAAAAUCAAGACUUUUACGUACUCGCAAGACAUGGAAAAGCCAAAAAUGUGGCCGUGUGGAAAUUGAAAACACUAGCCGAUAGUAACAGCCAAUUGGUGGAAUUUUCGCCGGAGAGAAAACUCGACAAAAUCGAAUAUAAAUUACCUGAAGGCGGUAUUAAUGGAGAGUUCGGAUUAAACUCGCAAAGUGUUUUAAUUAAUUUAUGAUAUUAUUACUUACCUUAAACAAUUUGUGU